UGAAAAAUCUUUUAAAAACAUGAAAAAGUUAAAAAACUGAAAAACCCUCAAAAAAUCCCCAAAAUGUAUUUUUAAAAAAAUUCUCGAAAAAGGUUCAAAAACAUUAAAAGAUCUUUAAAAAAACCUUCGAAAAAAGUAAAAAUAUUUCAAAAUCUUUGAGACCCUCUAAAAAGUCAAAGAAGUGGAAAUCUUUAGAAAAAAAAGAAAAGAAAAUGAACAAAAACCUUUGAAAAACCCUCGAAAAAAAUUAGAAAAACUUAAUUUUGUUUUAAAAUUAAAAAUUUAAAUACUCUCCAAUUCGCUGGAAAAUGGUCCCAAACCCGUCAAACCCCUUUCAACCCCUCUCAAGCGAGUGUUUUUAUGGAAUAUUUCGGUUCCGUCCCUGCCCCGCCGCCGCUUCGGGCGUAGCCGACGGCGUCCGCUGGGCGGCGCUGUAGGAUCGCGGCUGAAGGGGAGGGCGAGGGCAAGCGCGGCCCGCAUCGGGGGGGGUGACGGGCUCGAUGGGGACGGGCCGGUAGGGCGCCCAUACCGGCGCUCUGCCAGCUCGUCCCUAACGCUGUUGCCUCUUCACCCUCCCCCCGGUAACCCGGUAGCAACGGUCGGCAACCGGGAGGCAUGAACAAAAGCAAAAGUCCUCCGCGCUCCCCUUAAGAAUCCACAAUGGGCGUGCCCUCCAGUAAGCCCCCUCCUCCCCCCCGCUCCGCUCAGCCAUUGGCCGUCCGUCCGGGUUGUCCGCGCCGCUGCCUACGCCCGGCCCGUCCCGCCGCCGAGGGACGAUGGCGCAGCCCCGCGGCGGGCGGUGGCUGCUGGGUGUCCUGCUGGCCCUGUGCCGCCUCGCCGCGCCGCUCGCCAAGAGCCUGGAGCCGGUGUCGUGGAGCUCCGCGAACCCCAAGUUCAUGACUGGGAAGGGGCUGGUCAUCUACCCAGAGAUUGGGGAUAAACUGGACAUUAUCUGCCCCAAGGCAGAGCUGUCCAAGCCUUAUGAGUACUACAAGCUGUACCUGGUGAGGAAGGAGCAGGCAGAUGCCUGCAGCACUGUCAUGGACCCCAACGUGCUGGUGACGUGCAACCGGCCCGAGCAGGAGAUCCGCUUCACCAUCAAGUUCCAGGAGUUCAGCCCCAACUACAUGGGCCUGGAAUUCAAGCAGCAGCAGGAUUACUUCAUCACAUCCACUUCCAAUGGCACACUGGGUGGCCUGGAGAACCGGGAAGGAGGGGUCUGCAAGACACGCUCCAUGAAGAUUGUCAUGAAAGUGGGGCAGGAUCCAAACACAGUGAUCCCAGAGCAGCUGACGACAAGUCGGCCGAGCAAGGAGUCGGAUAAAACCAUGAAGGUCAUCACGCAGAGCCCGCACAGCAAGGUCCCGGCAGUGGAGGAGCCCGGCAAGCCAGGCUCCGUCAACCAGGAUGGCCAGGAGACCCAAGGUCCCAACAAUGGCUUCCUGAGCUCCAAGGUGGCCGUGUUCACGGCCAUUGGUGCCAGCUGUGUCAUCUUCAUCCUCAUCAUCAUCUUCCUCAUUGUGCUCCUGAUCAAGAUCCGCAAGCGGCACUGGAAGCACACGCAGCAGCGAGCCGCAGCCUUGUCCCUCAGCACCUUGGCCAGCCCCAAAUGCAGUGGGAACGCGGGCUUGGAGCCCAGCGACAUCAUCAUCCCCUUACGGACUACAGAGAACAACUACUGCCCGCACUACGAGAAGGUGAGCGGGGACUACGGGCACCCCGUCUACAUCGUCCAGGAGAUGCCCCCACAGAGCCCAGCCAACAUUUACUACAAGGUGUGAGGAGCAGCCUGGGAAUGGCCAAUGCAGCAGCGCGGGAGCGCCGGGCACGGGGCUGGCGCCACAGGGAGGAAGCGAAACGCCCCCCUCGGCAUGGCACAGGCAGCGCCGGGAGCGGCACCGGGGAGUGGAGGGCUCAACGUUCACGUGCUGAUUCUCCCCUUUGUGUUCAGUUUUGUAGUUCUCAGCUUUUGUAAUCCCGAGACUCUGAGGGUGAGCCUUCAGCCUCCUCCUCUUCUCCUCCAGACUGUGGCCGGCUGUGGGGGACAGGUGCCAUGCCUUUUCUUGCUCAGGACACCACUAGCAAACCCAGAGAUUCCACCUCCCCUUUGAGCUUUGGGAUUUCCCUGUGUCACCCCUCUGGCCCUGCAGGAAGUGCCCGCCAGCGCUUCGGGGUCCGGGAGCCUGGAGCAAUGCCGGGGCCUCAGUCCCAGGAGCAGCAAGCACACAGGGGGAUGAGGAGGAGGAUGCUUUGCCAAGGUGCCAAUAUGCAGACAACUGUGCAGGGAGGAAGCUGGCAAACCCGAUUUACUAUUACUGCUAUUAUUAUUAUUAUUAUUAUUAUUAUUAUUAUUAUUUUAAUUUUUUGCAACAUUUUUAUUUUUGUGAAUUCCGGGCAGGACUCGGGCCUGCUGCCUCCAGGCACAUGCCGUCACUGCCUUCCAGCACGUGAUCCCACCGGCCACGAGGCAGAUCCCACUCCCUCCACUGCCCCUGGAAACUUUUGUGUUCAUUGCUGUUGACUCUUGUUUUAGUCCCUUUAUAAAAAGAAAGAAAGAAAAAAAAUUCUAUCUCCACCCUGUCUCAAGCAUUCAGUGCGCGAGGGGCCGGACACUGCUCCUGCCCCACGCAGAGCAGCCGUGGCCUGGCAGCCCUUCCCGACUCCUCUGGAGCAUCCCACUGUGGGAAAAAGCCUUUGGCUUUUUAUCAAGCUGGGGCUGAGCCUGCUGGAGGCAAAGUAGGGGUUGGCAGGGGGAAGCUGCAGUCCCCUCCCAAGCUGGGCAUACUGCAGGUGGUUGUCCUUGGAAAGGAAAACUGGAAAACAAAGGUUCCCGACCUGCAGCUCAUGCUGGGAGUGUCAGGAGGAGGCUGGUGCUUGGGGCUGGAAGCCCCCAAGAGGCUGGAGCACCAGGCUUGGCUUGGUUGGGAGCUGAGCCAAAGGCUUUUCCACCCUCCUGGUUUACCUGAAGAAUCCAGUGCCCCUCGGCAGGACUUGCUUUGGGGACCAGCCCCUGCUGUGCCUGUUCCCCACCCUGCUCCUGGCACAGGAGCAUUCCUUGUCCUGCCACCUCCCAGGGGUCCCACAGCCCAGGCUCCCCUGCCCUUGCCUUGCCCAUCUCCUGCCCAAAACUGGAAGGGGUUGAGCCUGCCUGGUGUGAUCAUUCCCAGCUUCCUCUUCCCGGGAGGAGCCGCCAGCACCGCGGCUGAUGCCAGUGAGCUUGGCGGGGCUGGCGGUGCCCUGUCACUGCCUGUCCUCGGGCUGUCCCCCCUUCCUCACUUUCUUUUCCUUCCAGCAAUAGCUGCUUUUUCUCAGGGAGCAGGAGUGGGGCCAGUAGGGCUGUUCCCGCCUGUCCCCAGGGCCCCAAAUCCUGCGUUAGGAAGUGCCCAAAGAGUGAGGGAGCUGCUCUGCUAAAGUGCCUUGACAAGGAGUGGGCGGGAGCAG